UUUCAAUUUGCACACUAUUCCAGCAUCCGCAAUCUGCUCUCUUCGGGAAACCCAGUCAUUUUCCACACUGCCAAAAAUUCUCCGAUCCCUUUCCUCCAAUUCUCAUCCGUCGCACAUUCCGUUUCUCCCGCUACCUCUCCGCCCCCUUCUCCACGUGUUUCCUUCUCGUUAAUCCGCAGUUCCCAGUUCAGAACGAAGAAUGUCGGAGCGCAAGGCCGUGAUCAAGAACGCCGACAUGUCGGAGGAGAUGCAGCAGGAUGCCGUGGACAUUGCCACGCAGGCCCUGGAGAAGUACAACAUCGAGAAGGACAUUGCGGCCUUCAUCAAGAAGGAGUUCGACAAGAAGUACAAUCCCACAUGGCACUGCAUCGUCGGCCGCAAUUUCGGCAGCUAUGUGACCCACGAGACGAAGCACUUCAUCUACUUCUACCUGGGCCAGGUGGCCAUCCUCCUCUUCAAAUCGGGAUGAGGAGCGCGAUCAGCACCGCGGACGGGGCGUUAGAUCUGUUUCUUCACUGUCUCUCUAUUUUUCUCGCAAUGGCGGUUGUUUCUUUCCACACGACACACACUUUCUCAUUUCGGGCGUAGCGGCUUAAUUUAAAAAUCGGUUCACAAAAAUCAGCACGGCGGUUUUGAUCAAAAAAAGAUGUUGUUUUUUCAUCGUGAUGCGGCGAAGGUUUGAAUGUCCUGUCAUUUGACAACGAGCGUGCGACGGCGAUUUGCGAAUUCCAAUGAAAUAAAUGUUUGUUUUUA